CUCACUACAGCCGACCCCGCCACAUCAUCUCCGGCCUACGGCCUCACAACAAUACCAGUCUCCUGCCUCUGGUCGUUCCAUCAAGGAGAUUGCCCAUCAUGCCGCCUCCGCCGCAUCAGAAGCCCGAGAAUGUUCUCAAACGGGCGCACGAGCUCAUCGGCGUCAACCAGGUGCCCGCCGCCCUCACCCUCCUCCACGACCACAUCACCUCGAAAAGGUCCCGCAAUGUCCCCAUCGCCUCCCUCGAGCCGGUGAUGCUCCUCCUGGUUGAGCUCUCCGUCGAACAGAAGAAGGGAAAGCUCGCCAAGGACGCCCUCUACUCCUACAAGAACAUCGCGCAGAACACAAACAUCAGCACCAUCGAGCUCGUCCUCAAGAAGUUCAUUGAGCUUGCCGCCGAAAAGGUUACUGCUGCCCAGAAGAAGGCCGACGAGGUUCAGUCCAGCCUCGAGGCCAACGCCACUGCCAGCGUCGACGAUCUCGAAGCCAGCGAAACCCCCGAGUCUAUCCUCCUCGCCACCGUCUCCGGCGAGCAGUCCCGCGACCGAACUGAGCGCGCCGUCGUAACGCCAUGGCUCAAGUUCCUCUGGGAGGCGUACAGGACUGUGCUGGACAUUCUCCGCAACAAUGCCAGACUCGAGCUCCUGUACCAGAGCACCGCGACCCAGGCCUUUGACUUUUGCCAGAAGUACCAGAGGAAGACCGAGUUCCGCCGCCUCUGCGAGCUUCUCCGCAACCAUGUCCAAACCGCCGCGAAGUAUUCGACACAGAUGCAUGCCAUCAACCUGAACGACCCCGAUACCCUGCAGCGCCAUCUCGAGACUCGUUUCCAGCAGCUCAACGUUGCUGUCGAGCUGGAGCUGUGGCAGGAGGCCUUCCGCAGCGUCGAAGAUAUCCACACCCUGCUCAAUCUGAGCAAGCGACCUGCCAAGAACAUCAUGAUGGCCAACUACUACGAGAAGCUCACCCGUAUCUUCCUUGUCGGCGAGAACUACCUUUUCCACGCCGCCGCCUGGUCGCGCUACUACAACCUUCUGCGCCAGGCCGCCAUCCUUGUCGCUUCCGGCCAGAGCAAGAAGUCGGACAACCCCGCCGCAACCGAGGCGGACCUUCAGAAGGCUGCUUCUUUCGUCGUCCUCUCCGCCCUCUCCAUUCCUGUCAUUAGCACCUCCAGAUCUCGUGGUGCCAUGGUCGACUUUGACGAGGCCAAGAAGAACAAGAACUCCCGUCUCACUCACCUGCUCGGCAUGAACACCGCCCCGACUCGUUCUGGGCUCUUCCGUGAUGCUAUGGCCAAGUCCCUUCUCAAGCGUGCCAGACCAGAGAUCCGGGAUCUGUACAACAUCUUGGAGGUUGACUUCCACCCUCUCUCCAUCUGCCAGAAGAUCUCCCCCAUCCUGGCCCAGAUUGGUGCCGACCCUGAGAUGGAGAAGUACAUUCUUCCUCUUCAGCAAGUCAUCCUCACCCGCCUCUUCCAGCAGCUCUCCCAGGUUUACGAGACUGUCGACUUCUCCUUCGUCGAGAGCCUUGCUCAAUUCCCCGAGCCUUACCAGAUCAGCCGCAGUACUAUUGAGAAGUUCAUCAUGAACGGUAACAAGAAGGGUGACUUGUCUGUGCGUAUGGACCACGCUACUGGUGCUCUGAGCUUUGUCAAGGACGUUUUUGCUUCCUCAAAGGCUGUCCACUCUGGCUCCGCCGCCGGUUCUGCUGAGAGCCAUACCGGCAGUGUCCAACGGCUCCAGAGCACGCCUUCUGAGAUCGUCCGCACACAGCUCACCAGGCUUGCGACAACACUGCACACUACCUGCUUCUACAUUGACCCCACCUUCCAGAAGCAGCAGAUUGCCGCUCGUGAGGCUGCUCUUGCCCGCGCUCAGGCUGGCGCUGAGAAGGAGCAUCUCGACACCCUGGCGCGCAAGGAUAUCAUCCAGAAGCGCAAGACUGAGGCAUCUGAGGCCCAGGCCAAGAAGGACAAGGAGAAGGCGCGCCAGAAGCGCCUGCAGGAGCAGGCCCUUGCUGAGGCUGAGGAGCGUCGUCUUGCUCAGGAACAGAAGGACCGCGAGGAGAAGCGUCUCAAGGACGAGAGGGAUCGCGUUCGCAAGGAAGAGCUUAAGAAGCAGAUCGCUGACCUCAAGAUUGGCCCCAACGCCAUCGACAUCGACAUGGAGAACCUGGAUGAUGUCGACAGCAACACCAUUCGUGCCAUGAAGCUAGCUCAGCUCGAGCGCGAGAAGAACGACAUUAACGAAAAGGUUCGCAUCAUUGCCAGACGCAUGGACCACUUGGAGAGAGCUUUCCGCAAGGAGGAAGUCAAGAAGCUGGCCGACGACUACGCUGCGCAGCGCGAGCGUGACCUCGCCGCCUACGAGAAGACGAAGAUUGAGACGCUCAAGGAGUCCAAGGAGAAGCACAAGGAGAGCGUUGAGCUCAAGCACCGUCUUACCCGCCUGAUGCCCCACUUCGAGGCCUACAGGAAGUCGCUCCACGAGCGUCGCCGUGACGAGUUUGAGAAGCGCCAACGUGAUGCUGAGCGCGAACUGGAGAAGCAAAUCACCAUGCGCAGGAAGGAGUACCGUGAGCGCAAAAUGCGCGAGAAGAGAGAGCGUGAGGAGCAAGAGCGUGCCCUUCGCGAGGCUGAGGAGCGGGCUGAACGCGAGAAGCAAGAGCGCGAGCGGAGAGUUGAGGCUCAGAAGGCCGAGUUUGCCCGUCUCAAGGAGCAGAAAGAAGCUGAGCGCCAGGAGGCGCUGGAGAAGGCUGCGCUGCAGGCCCGAAGAGAAGAGGAGGCGAUGGCUCGGAGAAGAGAAGAGCGCGAGCGCGAGCGUUUCGCUCCACCUCGUCGCGAGCCUGUUGCUAUGGAUCGUUCGGACUCCAGUGGUCCUCCUGCUGGCGGUCCUCCCCGCCUCAAUCUUUCUGGCUCGAAGCCCUCGUGGCGUGAGCGCGAGGCCGCCAAGACCACUACUGGAGGCUCUGCCCCCGCUGCUCCUGAGCGGGCUCCUGUUGAGCGGCCCCCGCCCGAGCGCCAGGCUCCUCCUCCACGUGCUGCUCCCCCCUUCCAGCGAACAGAGCGCCCAGAGUCUGGAGAGCGUUCUUCCAGCGGUGGUCCUCCUCGCUUGAAUCUCGCUGGAGGCAAGCCGUCUUGGCGUGAGCGUGAGGCGGCCAAAGCUGUUGGUGGUGCCAAUGGCGACUCUCAGAGCGCGCCGGCUCCAGCUCCUGCGAGCAACGAACCAUCUUCCCAGGCUGCUAGUGGUGAGACUCUGAAGCCUUCUGGAGCCGCUGGCAAGUGGGUUCCCCGUCACCUGCGUGACAAAUAGGUGAAAUGGCAACAACGCACAGGCAUGGAUUGACUGGAGUUUUGGGGUUUAAUGUCGCAAUGACCUCUGUAUUUAAGCAGAAAAAAAUGAACAUUGCAUCGUCCAAUUCUGGCAGCGCCGCAUUCUCGCCUCAUGCGUGUUGAGCCAAAGUAUUUCACAGCGAGUACUUUGGGUUCAACUUAUUUACGAUAGAGUCCUUUAGAGAUUACAAGACAAAAGUAUGGCGAUGACUACGAUCAUUCCUCCAC